AACGCAGAAAAUAUCAUUGGUUUGUGGCUCCAAGUAUCACAGCAUACCUUCCUGAUCGCCAGGUGAUCGACGUGCAACGAUGAUCGUGGCUUGGAGACAAACUUGUUCUGGAGCAACAACAAGGUUUGUUUUUCUCGUCUCGUGGCAUUAUUAGUUAAAUCUCUGAUUAAAUAUUCAAAAGAUUCAGAAGCAAAACCAGGGAAUUUCGUCGAAAAGGCAGCAGUUUUGUCGCACAAGUGAACAAGAACAGAUCUCCUCCUGGGAAAUUCCUCUCAAAUCUCUUGCUAUUUGCCCCAAGUGAAUAAGUGAAAAGUUUAUCAGUUUGCAGAACAUGGCAUUGGAUUAUAAGGUGAUGAAAUACUUAACGGGAUUUGGAUCCCAUUUCGCAACUGAAGAUCCUCGUUGUCCUGAUACCUUGCCAGUUGGUCAGAAUUCCCCGCAGAAAUGUGCUCGGGGUCUCUAUGCCGAACAACUCUCAGGAUCAGCCUUUACAGCUCCUCGCACAGAAAAUACCCGUUCCUGGCUCUACCGAAUUCGUCCAUCUGUCGUCCAUACGCCAUUCACCAGGUACAAUGGAGCACCUCACUUUCACGACAACUGGUCCGAACAACCACCAGAUCCUAACCAGAUGCGCUGGAACCCCUUCGAUGUACCUCUGACCGGUACUGUUGAUUUUGUCGAUGGAUUUCACACAAUUUGCGGAGCCGGAGACGCCCGAGGGCGUCACGGUGUUGCGGUUCAUGUUUACUUGUGCAACGCUCCCAUGGUGAAUCGAGCGUUCUACAACAGCGACGGAGACUUUCUGAUUGUGCCUCAACAAGGAAGUCUGGACAUUGUAACGGAAUUUGGGCGCAUUCACGUGGAACCCAAUGAAAUCGUAGUGAUUCAGCAGGGUAUGCGUUUUUCAGUGUCCGUUACAGGACCCACCCGUGGUUACAUCCUCGAAGUCUACGACAACCAUUUUCGACUACCAGAUCUAGGCCCUAUUGGGGCAAACGGACUAGCUAACCCAAGGGAUUUUAAAACACCCGUUGCCUGGUUUGAGGAUCGCGAAGUGGAUUCCUUCAAGAUCAUCUCAAAAUUCCAGGGAGCUCUCUUUGUAGCAACACAGAAACAUAGUCCAUUCGAUGUUGUGGCCUGGCAUGGAAACUACGCUCCUUACAAAUACAGUUUGGCCGAUUUUAUGGUCAUAAAUUCGGUCAGCUUUGAUCAUUGCGAUCCUAGCAUUUUCACCGUUCUUACGUGCCCCAGUUCAAAACCCGGAACAGCCAUUGCAGACUUUGUUAUCUUCCCUCCAAGAUGGUCAGUUCAGGAACACACAUUCAGGCCACCAUACUAUCACAGAAACUGCAUGAGUGAAUUUAUGGGAUUGAUUUUUGGAUCUUAUGAAGCAAAGGAAGGAGGCUUUCGUCCCGGAGGCGCUUCGCUACACUCCAUGAUGACCCCCCAUGGUCCCGACAAAAAUUGCUUCGAAGGAGCAUCUAAUGCUAAGCUUCAGCCACAAAGAGUAGCCGACGGCACCCAAUCAUUUAUGUUUGAAUCAUCAUUGAGCAUGGCAGUGACCAAAUGGGGAGCUGAAACUUGCCAGAAACUCGAUGCAAAGUACUACGAGUGCUGGCAGGCGCUCGAGAAACAUUUUAAAAUCAGCGAUUAGGUUUCACGUUGAAGAAUCCUGCAGGAUUCUUAACCAGAAAUAUAUUUUAUACAACACGGUGAAGGGAUAAUUUUAAUAUAAGAAAAUUAAAGUACACUUAUGAAGAAAAAGAGGUGACUUAUUACUUUAUUAUAAGCAUUUACUUUGAAAUUUGAGGUUAUAUUGAACAUAACCUUAAAAAAAAUUAUUGAAAAGUUGAUGAAAAUAAAAUAAGAGCCAUAAUCUUCAUUAAUUUGUUAAUUUGGUAAAUAAAGAGAGAGAUUUAAAAUA